UAUGGUUCCCAUUUAUAAAUACCUUUUUGAGUUGUAAAAGAUCGUAACAUAACUUUUGCGCUUUCUCUCCCAUAUUCUCUUCAUCUACAUGCUCUUACCAUGGCUGUGGAUCACCAAGAACCGCAACAACAACAACAGCACCAACCCUCGAUGUUUCCGUGGAAGCUCCGGCGGAGGGUCCCACUGCUCCGGCGUCGGAAGGGGCAGACGGUGCGGCUGGGAGGGAAGAAGCGAUGGCGGCGAAUUUCGGGGCUACUUAGGAUGUUUCGGAGGAUGCGUUUAAGGUGGCUAAAGUUGCAAUAUGUUCGCAUGUUGAAGAGGCUUAAGGAACACUACCGAAACAUCGUUAAGGAUCUGGUCGAAGCUGGGUCCACCAUUGAAACCUUUCAGCAACGUCUUUUCAUGGAAAGCACUUUUGCAAUCCCCGUUGGUGUUAACUUGUCUACUUAUCCUUCUCGCUUUGGAUCAGAUCGCCCCAGAACCAUCUUCAUGUAAAGUUCUUUUUUUUAAAAAAAUUUUAUUUUAUUUAUAUCCCUCUCAACCCAAAACUUUUAUUUUUUUUUCUCUAUUUUCUUUUAUGUAUGUAAUUAUAUUGGAAGAUAAAGGCAUAAGGAGACUCAACUCAAGUCCCUUAUAUCCUUCGUUUUUAUUAUUCUCUGAAAAUUUUCUCUUUUCUUCCC